AUGAGUAAACUAUUUGGAUUCAAAACAAGUGAAUUUGAGAAUGACACUUUAGAAACACACAAUGAGUAUAGAAGAGAGCACGGAGUACCACCGUUAAUCCUCAACAAAGACAUUUGUAAAGUUAGUCAAAAAUGGGCUGAAGAAUUAGCCAAAAAAGAUGCAAUGUCAUAUAGUCUUAACCAAAAUUUUGGGGAAAACGUUUAUUGUGGAUGGUCACCAGAUCCCAAUGUAAAAAUUAAAGCUCGUGACUGUGUAGAAAAAUGGUAUAGCGAAAUUAAAGACUAUUCAUUUGGCAGAGAGCCCGAAAUAUUGACAUGUGGACACUUCACACAGAUAGUUUGGAAAAAUACACGAGAGCUAGGAGUGGGAAGUGCCAAAAGUAAAUCAGGAAAAUUGUAUGUUGUGGCUAAUUACUUUCCCCCAGGUAACUACAGUGGACAGUUUGUGAAAAAUGUUCUGCCACCGGGCGCCUUGCAGUUUCGAUCAAGUUUAAGCAGUUCCAACACUUAUAGUGAACGUAAUAUUUCAAUAGGACCACCAUCUCCAAGUCUUAGAAGCAGUAAAAACUUAUCUGGGAUAGCAACAGAACUAGUCACAAAAUUUAGAUCGGUGUCAAUAUCAGGGGAAAAAUUUGAAGAAGAAUUUUUAAGAGCCCACAACGAAUAUCGCAGGCGACACGGCGUUCCACCUCUGGAGCUUAACAAAAAACUUUGUAAAUAUGCAGAAGAGUGGGCUAAAAAACUUGCUAAAAAUGGACAAGUGGAACACAGAGAUCAGAACGAAUACGGUGAAAAUAUAUUUUACGCUUGGUCUUCAGAUCCCAAUUUUGAGGUUUCCGGUCGGGAUCCUGUAGACAAGUGGUAUAAUGAAAUUAAUUUGCAUGAGUUUGGAAGAGAACCAAACGAUUUAAAGUCGGGACACUUUUCACAGGUUAUAUGGGAGGAUAGCAAAGAACUAGGUGUAGGAGUUGCUAAAUCCAAAGGUAGUCAAGUAUACGUUGUUGCUUACUAUUUUCCGCCCGGAAAUGUCUUGGGUAGUUUUUCCAAAAAGGUAAAACCACCGAUUAACUAA